AUGUUAAUACCAGCCGGUGUAGUCGGUUUAUGGUGCUGCUGCUGCGGAUUGCGGAGUCCAAGACAGAUGUUGCACCAUCAGAGCCUCCUCAAAUGCCGCUGCCGCAUGUUGUUCAAUGACCUGAAAGUCUUCCUGCUCCGGAGACCCCCCGCGCCCCCUCCUCCCUUCCCCAUGGACAGCAGAGCCCCCCGCCCGGGCGGGCCGGCGGCCAACAACACCCUGCCCGCGCUGCAUGGGGGGCGAGGGGGCGCCUGGAGGGCGCCGGCUGCAGGGGGGGGCGGCCCGGCCAGCCCGCCCGAGGAGGAGUGGAGCAGCCCGGCCGGCGAGCCCUCCGCGUCCACCAUGAGCAGCGCGUCCUCGGAGGACUUCUGCAAAGGGAAGGCGGAGGACAGGUACUCGCUGGGCAGCAGCCUGGACAGCGGCAUGAGGACCCCGCUCUGCAGGAUCUGCUUCCAGGGGCCCGAACAGGGGGAGUUGUUGAGCCCAUGUCGAUGCGAUGGAUCGGUGAAAUGCACGCACCAGCCUUGUCUGAUCAAAUGGAUCAGCGAGAGAGGCUGCUGGAGCUGCGAGCUGUGUUACUACAAGUAUCACGUCAUUGCCAUAAGCACAAAGAACCCUCUGCAGGUAAAGUGGCAGGCCAUCUCUCUGACAGUGAUUGAGAAGGUUCAGAUCGCAGCAGCCAUCUUGGGUUCCCUCUUCCUCAUCGCCAGUAUCUCGUGGCUCAUCUGGUCGACCUUCAGUCCUUCAGCCAAAUGGCAGCGCCAGGACCUGCUCUUCCAGAUCUGCUAUGGAAUGUAUGGCUUCAUGGACAUUGUCUGUAUAGGUUUAAUAAUACACGAAGGUCCCUCGGUUUACCGGAUUUUCAAACGGUGGCAGGCGGUAAAUCAACAGUGGAAAGUGCUGAACUAUGACAAAACAAAAGACAUGGAGGAUCAAAAAACAGGGACCAGGACAAACCUCCGAACCUCCUCCCAAACCAACCAUUCGUCCUCCACUGGUGGUGCAGCCAGCAACUCCACUCCAGCCGACAACGGGGUCCGGGGCACUAGCCACGCCACUGGCACCCUGUCUGACCACCACUGUGCUUACACCAUCUUGCAUAUACUCAGCCAGCUGAGGCCUCACGAACAAAGAAGCCAGUCUAGCACUAACAGAGAGCUCGUCAUGAGGGUCACAACAGUCUGAGUGAUGGAAUUCAGGAGGCCUUAACGCGAAGUGGAGGAGACAACUCAAGAGCAGAGAAGCAUGGUGUGCCUUUCAUUUUUUGGGUAGCUGCGCAAGGCGUAUAAGCAGCACUUGGCCAACUGAGGAAGAAGAAGAUGGAGGCAGAGCUGCACACACAUGCUAAAGAGGUUAACGUUUUCCAGCCAGUCAAUAUUAUUUAAAAAAAAAACAACAAAACAAGUGCAAUACAGACAAACAACUGACUAAGUGGAGGUUUGGGGAAGCAGAGGAACAGCCGAUAUUAGCACGUCUUACAAGUUCUAUUAGCUGGGAUGGGUAAUGUUCUGCAAACACACACACACACACACACACACACGCCUCACACGCACACAGACACACAGUGUGGGAUGAUUACAAACAGACGGGGAAUGACGGAAGCGACGUAUUCGGAGGAGUUUUCAGAUUGUGUUAAGCAGGGAUCUGAGUCAUCGUUUUGUUUCAUAAAUCAUUCCGGAGCCCUGUAUUACUCGCAAUGGAGUAUUUCCACUGAAGGGGCUAGGGAUUUUUCAGUUUUAAUAUUAAAAAAAAAUCUGUCCAUAUUUCACCAAAACAAAAAUUGGCAAGGGGUCUGGAGAAUGGCACUGGGAGAGGGGUUGACGGACAUUUUUUUUUUUGGCAAAGUUUGUACAAAUGUGCUGUGUGUGUUUGAAGCACAAGCACUGGUCCAAUGACCCCCAAAUCCCACCUUCAUACCGUCCCACUCAUAAAAACCAUCCUCCAGGCAGACUUUGAGAAAGGAGGCUGCUCCAGGUUAAUUUCCUCUCAUACCCCAUCACCUCCAGUUGAUUACAUUAGGCCAGUCCCAUCUCCUCGGCUUUCUCCUGCAGCUGUGAUUCAGACUCUCAUAAGAGUGUGGCGGGGUGUUUAAACUUUAUAUCCCUGCUGCUCAAUUUGCAAGAGAGUCUCACUCAAUCUUAUAGGUUAAGUCGUCGAUAUCCGGUUUGUUGAACGACUGAGUGGAAAAGACUAAAUCAUGAGCUAACAAAGACUUAGUCUGAAGAGAAAGCCCAGUCCCUGCGUGAAUAUAUUAUGCUUUUAAUAAUUUGCCUUCUCUAGGAGCCAUCCGUGAAAGUACCAAUUGCUCUUCAGAAACAUCCUCUUUCAAUGCACAAUGGCUGAAUCAUUUGUGGGUAUUAAAGGGACACUGUCAAGUACUUUUUAAAUAGUUUUUAGGGGCUUUUUUUUUUUUUAACUCACCGACGUUUGUCAUAUUCUCUUAAAAGACUUGACAAUAAAAAUUAUUUCCCUACUGAUUUUUGUCCUUUUCCAUUUGGCACACACUGUUCUCCCCUGGCCAGGCCCUUAUCCCGCUGUGCUCUCCUCCACCCUGUCCCUCUCCUCUCCGUCUGCUGCAGCAGGAAGUCAAACUUGGCUGCACCCUGUUUACUUUCGUGUGCCCCAGCAUUGCUGACGGCACUGCAUCACAGCCCUGGAACAGAAUGGUUUUGUUAACACAGCUGCUGCUGUCGCAGAGGGCGCAGAAGAGCAGAAACCAUGACAAUGCGGAGUGUUAACUGGUUCUGGAGCAACGGCACAGCAAAUCAAAAAUAACUAACACCACACUGGUGAAUCCCAGUGCCUGGUGCUAGCCACCAAAACCCAUAUGUAAGCAGAGGAACGAAAGCAGCCUGAUUUUUCAGCUGUGCUGGGGUCUCCUGUCUUAGGGGUUUAUAUUACCAUCCUUCACCAUGGGAUCUGAGUGCCUCUUGCAGCUUCUGUUGGAGCCAUGGGAGUUGAUUCAUGUGAUUUCACUUUGAUUCAUGCCUCUACAUAUGGAUUCAGCUGAUGAACUCUGGGCGCUCAGGCCUGAAAGCAAUUUAGCACUCAGACAAGAUAAGCAUUUUAAGGACGGUCACAUUUUCGGGCCUCCAUUACUUGACAGUGUCCCUUUGAAUACCAGAAUGCAACAGAACAGGUGUCUUUAUGGCAGAUGACGUGUGGGUUCUGAAACCCCAGCUGAGUUGAGCUCUGCCCGGAGAUAAGACUUAAUCCCAAGAUAGCUGAUGAAAUGAGGAGCCAGGCAAACAAACAUGAUUGCUGGGAGGCCAGUGUCCGUCUAGUUGACCUAUCUCACUGUCUACCAAAGAGUGCUUUUGGUUGG